AAAGAAACCCCUCUCCUCCGCCUUCAGCUCUCAUUCUCAUAUCGUCUCGUAAGAAGGCAAGACAUAGGUUAACAUUUCAGAAAGCAGAGAUCUGUAUAUACUCUUCAACUUCAUUCUGCCGGGUCCUCUCGCAGUUUGAAGCAUGGUGAAGCGACGUCCGAACCGAAGUCCUGCGUACUUGAGGCAGACUCCUGCUCACCCAUCCUCCUCGGAUGACGAUGAUUCAAGCUCUGAUGAGUCCAGCAAGGGACGGUCAGCCCGCUACUCGGACGAUAGCUCCAGUACCGAGGGAGACACCACUUCACAAUCUGAACCUGAACCGGAAGUAAUUACUGCGCGGGGACGUUUUGGGAUCCGGAUGAAAACACUCGGUCACAUUUCAUUGCUAAAGAUGGUGAGCUCGAGACGUCCUGACGUAGAUAACGCAAGGAACCUUCUCAGUGAUCUGACACCAGAUGGCAUCGCCGGGGAGCUUAGUGCCAAAGAUAGCAAAGGCAACAGUGCCAUCCACUAUGCAUGUAUCAAAGCACUGGUUCCAUGGCUUGAACUUAUCAUAGAAAAAGGUGGAGACGUUGAGGUAAAGGGAGCAGGCGGUAGAAUGCCAAUACAUCUUGUAGUCAGUGACAAAGCAAGAAGCGAAACACAGGCACAGGACAAAGUCAAAAUGAUAGAGCUCUUGGCAUCGAAAGGUGUUCUUGUUAAUGAAAAGGACGAUCUAGGCCAAACACCUCUCCAGCUGGCUUGUAAUCAUUCUAAAUUCAGGGGACAAAAGAUGGUGAUCCGAGCUCUCCUAUCGCUUUCAGAUAUUAAAGUUGACGAAUCUGUUAAGGUCGGCGGAGUUAACUCAACGCUUCUCAACAUUGCAUGCCAUAAUAAUCAUUUUAAAACGGCUCUACUUCUCCUCGACCACGGAGCCAAUCCCCUGGCAGGCGAUGGGUCCAAGGACACCCCUCUCUUCAUCAUCCUCACCAAAAGGAAUGUGAAGUAUGCCCUACAAUUCCUUACAACAUGCAAGAAAAAGGGGUACAACAUGCGACAGAUCCUGUCGGUGAAGAACGUGUACGGAAGAACAGCGCUCCAUGAAGCCAUCAAAAUAGGACACGAGACGCUUGUCAAAUACUGCCUUGAUUUUUUGGCUCCUGACGAUGAAGUGGAUGGAACAGAAGACCAUGACUAUCUCCUAAGUCUCAUGGCCCGGUAUGACACCAAUGUGAUGCAUACAGCAUGUAUGAAAGGACACCUCAACUUGUCGAUCUUGUUCCACGAACUAUGCCCCAAACUCCUGGACAUGAAGACUAUUAAGGGACUGACACCUCUUCACUAUGCAUGCAGGGGGAACUAUCCAGAGUUGGCCGAAGAGAUCUGCUUAAUGAUAAAAAGUCAUGACGGAGAAUUGCCACUAAGUAUAGAUGAUCGUGAUGUAGUAGAUGGGAGCCCUUCGCUGCUUAAGUACACAGCCUUGAGAGGGUCGAGUGAUUGUCUGGUUGUGCUGCUGAAGCAUGUGGAGGAUCAAUCCACUAUACUGAAACUCCUAGAGUGGAUCUCGGCCGAAAAGAACCUUUCCAAAGUCCUUAAGGAGUUCCUGAACAAGUUUGACUAUAUCUCUAUGGGUAACAUCAAUGACGACGAAAUAGAACGAAUCACACUCCUUUGUGCAGCUGAGGGACAAACAGAGAGUCUUCAACAAUUCGUUGCUUGGCGCAAGGCUGCUUUCCUCUUCAAAGACGACCGAAAUAACAAUAUUAUGCACCUGAUUGCGCAAGGAGGUCAUCUGGAUACUGCUAAAGCUAUGCUGAAAAAUGACUAUGUCGAGUUCAAAAAGGGGAAUAUGUUGGGACAAACUCCACUUCACCUGGCGAUCAAAGGAGGUCAUAGAGAAUUGACCAAACUUUUCUUGAAAGGUGACAAGUCAUUGGCAGGAGAAAAGGAUGACUCUAAAGUGACUCCACUUAUGUAUGCGUGUCAAAGAGGAGACCCGUUCAACGUCGACCUGCUUCUCAAACAGAGUCAAGAUGAGAUCAAGUUCUUCGACGACGAUGACAAAGGUUUGAAUUGCCUCGACCACGCCAUCAACAACGGUCACGAGAGGGUAGCUGUGAAGUUGUUAUCCCAGGAAGAUUGGCGCAAACUUCUGACUCAUUCAACAAUAGAAGGAGACACCAGAACCACCCCUAUGAGAAAACUCAUCGAGACAAUGCCAGGCGUUGGUAAGUUUGUCCUGGACAAAUGCAUAACGAGGCUGAGUGACACCAGUACUGAUUCCAAGGAUACUUGUAAGAUCAAGGUCGACUAUGAGCUCCUGGAGGACUGGUUUUCACCUUGGAUGGAGGAUGAUUCGCUCUGGAAUACUCGGGGCCGGAUGUCACUAGAUACCAUGGCAACGAGUGGGUAUGAGAUGAUAUUACAUACAUUUAGCCAAGGUGGCCCAGACGACACGAGUAGUGGCAUAGGUACACAGGGGUCCACCAAUUUCCAAGACGAUGGAACGCUGAAAGAUAGUGCAAGGAUCAACGUGACAGACGCCGUAUACCGCGCACUUUACCAUCCUUUACGACUCAUGAUCAAAACGGACGAGAGUAAGGAAUUGUUGAAUCACCCUGUAGUGCGCUUGCUCUUAAGACACAAACAGAAAGCCACUCGCCUGAUAUACUGGGUCAAUUUCUUCAUCAUCCCCACCCUCCUAAUCCUCGUCACGGGCCACAGUCUCUUCAUCCCUCCACCCUUCUACGUCCAGGCCGCUGGGGACGGCAGCAACUACACCUGGUUGGCCGAUGGUCACACCAAGUGGCAGGACAACUUGGAUCCGAUCGCUUUGUUCCUCUUUGGGAAAGUUGGCACCUGGAUCAUCCUCACCCUGACUGUCAUCUACUUCAUGCUAUUUCUUUAUCGCGUGUGGGUGUACAGACUCUCAACACUAAGCUCUAUCCGGGGUCUUCUUAGUAUCUUGCGUGAGAUUGGCAUUCAGGUAUCAACUAUUCUCUUCAUCCUCCCCGGAUUUAGUGAUCAAAAGUAUCAUGACGUCACACUAAAGGCCGAAUGGCAAUGGCAACUGGGUGCAUUUGCAGUGUUCCUGGCAUGGUUCAACUUUAUCCUCUCUCUCCAGACCAUCCCAUUCCUCGGAAUAUACGUCCUCAUGUUCUUAGAAGUACUAUCUACUCUUCUAAACUUCAUCUUGGUUGCCGGCAUAUUCAUUUUGUCUUUUGCAGUUGUCUUCUGCAUUUUACUCUCAAAUCAGGUACCUUUCCACACCCUGGCGGACUCCUUAGGCAAAACCCUAGCAAUGAUGACUGGAGAGAUCGAAUAUAGUGGCGUUUUCCACAACCUUGACUACCUAUACAAGCCGGUUCCAUCUGAAGACUUCACAAGUAUGGUCUUCUUUCCGAUCUCCACGCAUAUCAUAUUUGUCAUCUUCAUCAUCUUCAUGCCCAUCCUCAUCAUGAAUCUCUUGACCGGUUUAGCAGUUUACGAUAUCGAAGUAAUUCAGACGAAGGCGAAGAUGUAUAAACGUACUCUGGAGGCUGAGGCGAUCCUAGACCUUCAAGACAACAGGUUCAUGUUUUUGUGGAAGAGCAGCAUUAUCAAGUCCCAGGUAAUACCGGUCUGGACCAGGAUCUCGCCUUGGUCCAAGCUCCUCUACAAAUUGACUGGCUACAGGGAAACUCAUGAUCAGUUGGUCGUCUUUCUUGAGGAACUCGAGAGGACGGAAGAUGAGAGUGUUGAGUUCAUCAAGACAACUGAAAUGAUGAUAGAGGACAUGGCAGAGGAAAUGAAUGACAUCAGCAGAAAGUUGAUGGGACUGUCAGAGAAUGUCAUCGAUAUCAAGACCCAGCUCAGCAUGAAGCAGUGACCAGUAUCCAAGAACUGAAUGGUUUUAUCUCACAAAAAGAUAAAAAGCAAGAAUUAUUGUGCUCAGAUACAGUUUAAAGAUAACAGAUGAGUUCUGAUCAUUCGAUUGCAUUUUGAAAGUAACUGUCCUGAAGCAAUAGACCGGUUUACUGAUCAUUGAUGUUUCUAUCCUUGGGACCUAGUGACGACCAAUUCCAUUACCCUGAUAUUAAUGAAGGAACUACAAUACUUGGAAUCCAGUCUGCAUACAUUAUAUGUUGCUAUGCUUCGAACAACAUUUAAGGUUGUCAAGAAUAACCUUGUUUAAAAAGAGUGCGUACAAUUUGAAUAUGCAGUACAUAAGAAUCGAUGUACCCCGUUAAGUGAAGGGAGAGGGGUUUUGGGUAGAUAGUGUAUUAAUUAAAGUAAAACUCAUAAUUUCAAUUCUGUAUAAUAAUAUGUUAUAUGUCUCAUUCUGAAGAAGAAAAAAGGAAUGAUUGUCCUAGUUUUUGCGUUGAAAUAACUGUGUAGUGCGUUAAUAUUUGCCUAUUAUGUAAUUGUGAUAUAUUUUGGUCCUAUACAUUGUGAAAUAAUGAACAAUGAAUCAUGUUGUAUUUAUGUUUGUCUAUCAAAUGAUAAAGACAUUAGUUAUAAUUAUGUUGCAGUUUUGUAUAAACUAGGACUAUGGAAAAUGUUUUGUUUUCAUGCUAUGUACGAACUAGAAUUGGAGUCUUGAGAAAUAAAAUCAAUAAAUGCAAACAAAAGUUUUAGAAUGAUAAGAAUCGGAAGAAAUUUGCUAAAUUUUGCUGGAAACACAUACACCGCACGCAAGAAUGUGUACAUGGCACUACACGCACAUGUGGCAUAACAAUUUGGGCCGAACCUUUAAUCUAUUUCUCGUCAUAUUUCCAAACUGACAUAAAAAAAUAAUGAGAAAGCCCACAAAUUAUAUUUCAUAAAUACCGGGACUCAACUUUCUCUUUCAUGUGAAAAAAGAUUCAGUAACAACAAUGUUGUGCCCAUAUAAAGUUAAAGCGGACUAAUCCAGAGAAUAUUUUGUUCUCUGUAUCAAUUAUUCCAUGCCGAGAUUCUCUAUGCAUAAUAUGAGCUUCCAAUGUUAUUUCCGUAAAGAGAUAUUGCUAAUUUCAAUACACUCUCAAUAUACAUAAAGGUGACUAAUGAGAAGCCUAUAGUCGACGCACCAGUACCCCCGUGCACUCGGAUAGGUGUGCGUGGAUCCCAGUUACACGGGAAAUCCCUAAAUGAUGAGGUAUAAUUAUGUAUGAUAAGUUUGAAGUACAAAGAUGUUUUCUUAUUAAAUCACUAUACCAUGUUUAAGCAGCACUCUCGUAGAUGUAAUCACUCGCACAGUAGCUACGAUGAAUUGAAAUUACAAUAUUUCAGUGAAAGAAAAAAAAAUUAAGGCCUACCCACAUGUCAUAGGCGAUUAUUUGAUAUGAAUGUGUAUCUCUGUAUGUAAUAAUAAUAAUAAUAACAAUAUUUAUGAAGCGCAACAUAUCCAUCUCUAGAUAUGCUCAAGGCGCAUACAAAUAAUUCAAAUUAAUAUUCAACAUACUUAAGAUUAAAGAAAUAUUAAAUGUUAACUUCCAUUAGAUAACACAACUUUAUGGUGCCAAGGUACAUACAAUGCGGCACAGUGUGACUUUUUUUGUUUUGCAUGCAUUGUAUGAAAAGAAUAUUGAAAUUUAACAAUAUGCAUUGAGCAUCAGGUGAGUUUUAAGCCAGUUUUGAAAGUAGAAGGAGUGUUGGCCGUUUGAAGAGAGAAAGGUAACUUAUUCCACAAAGAAGGAGCUGCUGAUGCAAAUACUUUACCCCCCCCCCCCAAAUUUCUUUUAGUACGUAUUUCUUUAAGCCUAAUAAUAUGUGAUGAACGUAAACCAGAACUACCUGCGGAGUGGGGCGAUAGAAGGGAUGAAAUAUAUUCAGGAGCUAGAUCAUUUAGUGCACGAUAGGUUAAGAGUAGAAUUUUAUAGAUCACACGCUGUUGAACAGGGAGCCAGUGCAGAGAUUUCAAGAUAGGAGUGAUUAUGUGAUGAUCUUCUAGAGUUAGUUACAUGGCGAGCAGCAGCAUUCUGAACUUUUUGCAAUCGGUUAAUUUGGUUGGCUGGUAGUCGAAAGAGUAAUGAAUUGCAAUUAUCAAGGUGCGAAGUAACAAAAGCAUGUACUAACUGUUGGGUGGAUUGAGGUGAGAGAUAUUAAUAAAUGACUAUUGGCAAUUA